AUGGCUAGGAGCGUCCACGUCAGAGACGCUUUGCUCGUGAUCAUAGGGGCAUUCUCCUUUAUCACACUCCUUUAUUUCUGGACCAGCUUUGCUCCGAUUCCGCAUCGACCCAUUGUUCCAAGCGGGCAGCCUCACCACGACUCUGGAUUCUACGAAGAAUGGAUACCACCAGAUGGGCACUCAAUUCCUGCUAGCAAGCCAAUGAAUAGCUCACGAGCGUUUGGAGUCGUGCAUGGUGAAAAGCAACCGCGGACAAAGGUCAUCAAUCAUGCGCCUGGGUGGACCAUGUUUGAUAAUAUAUACAUGUCUGCUGGGACAAUGUUUGUCGUAGCGGAUGCGGAACAAGAGAUGGUCGAGAAGGAUGGCUGGUAUAACGGCUAUCCGCUCCGGCGGAUGAUGAUAUCGACUGGGAAGCCAGCCUAUGCUACCGAAGAGAGCAUGAAAGAGCGUGAACCCUCUGACAAAGAUUUAUUCUUCAUCUCGCGGGAAGAGGCGGUGUCGCGUUGGGGUGAUCAAGUUUACGAAAUCGAAGGACACUCUUGGUUGUUCUGGGAAGCACCUCAGUUCUACUCACAUUUUUACCAUUUCGUGGCAGAAAGCCUUUUUGGGUUCUGGGCAUUUCACGCCGGAACGCUCGACGCGCAUAUUACCGCUCGAGGAGAGACGACCGCACCGCUGCCGUCGAGAGCCAUAUUCCCUUUUUGCAAACCAGAGAAUAUUCGCGACUCUUCAAAGUUCAACAUGCUAUAUAUGAAAGCUGCGUUUCCCGCUACGACACUCGAGACGAGCAGCGACUGGGAAGAUCGAAUCCACUUUACGCGUGACGGGACGCGUGCAUGGCGCUUCGCGCACGCGACAUUGGGCGAUCGCUCGGCUUCAUUUCGUGGACGAAUAUGCGGCCUGCAGAAUCAACGUAUCGCGGCAGAGGCCCGUCAAGUGACAGAGGCCCGUACGACACGAUGGUGGUGGGAGCCCAUCCGACGUGCAGUGCUUCGCCAUGCGCGUGUGUCAGAGGAAAUCAUUGACAUUGUCAUAAACAGCAACGCGAGGUUCGAUGAUGCUCCGACAACGGGAGGAAUUGGAGGAGAGAUGAGGUCGAUCCCGAAAAAAGAGACGCCAAUCGUGAUCACGUAUAUUAACCGACAAGGAGGGCGCCGCAGUCUACUAGAGGACGACCACAUUCGGCUUGUUACGGAGCUCACCCGGCUCUGCGAGAAGCGAGGAUGGGAAUUCAACCACGUAAAGGCACAGCUACUCACUCAAGAAGAACAACUUGCGCUGGCCGCAAAGACGACUGUUCUAGUGGGCGUUCACGGCAAUGGCCUGACCCACCUCUUGUCAAUGGCGCCUACCAUGCUCUCGACAGUGGUCGAGAUCUUUGGAAAGCCUGGAUUCGCCCAUGACUAUGAAUGGACGGCCCGUACGUUGGGUAUGAAGCAUUAUGGGAUCUGGAACGAUACCACGCUCGAGCAUCCCCAUUAUCCCGAGGCAAAGACUCCAGAAAAGGAGUUUCAAAGCAGCAGCAUCCCCGUUCAGGGCGACCUGGUGGCGAGGACCAUCGAGAUUCGUGUGGACAGUGUGCUGUCCCUGCUGCAACAAUCCGAUUGA